GAAAGCGUUAGUCGGAAGUAACCUUUCGAAUACAACUCAUAAGCGAUUGUCAUAGCACUAAAGGAAAAGCCUCUUAAGGAAAGAGCUCAGAAUUAUAUUAGUUCGACGACAAACACAUAAUUAUUGCUGAAUAUGCAUUUUCCAGCGUAACUAAUAUAUGUAUAAUAUAGUAUUGUGAGAGAAAAUAUUUUAUCAAACGUUAUACACAGAGAUGUGUGGAAUAGUAAAGGCACGAUCGAUGGUAAAAAUGGUAACAAAAGAUCACAAUUAGUAUUUGACGGAAAAUAUUUUUUAUUAGUGCAGUCUUAUGGGAUUACUUAAGAGUUUCAAUACAGUAUGAUUGAUGCACUAUUGCCGCUUAUGUCAAAACAAAAACCUUUUAACACCGCUACGACAAAAGACUGCAGAGAAAGUUAUCGUAUGAAAAUAUUGGAAUAUAAAUGGGAGACUGUGAGAAAACGUUUUCUGAAUGAUUGUUUAUGGAAAGCGUCAGAUGGUGAGUUAGAAGCACUAGAAGCAUGCUAUUGGUUGAAAGCAACCGGUUUUGCGUCGUACGUAAAAAUGUAUGAAGAAAGAAAAUUUCCAAUUGAUGUUGACAUGGCAAAGAAGUCGAAUAAUAAUUUGGAUGACGAUUCUUUACAAUCCUUGAUCAAGAGAUUGGAGACAUUAAAUAAAUGUGCAAAGUUAUUGCAACAGCAGAGCAACGGAUUAUCUAAAAAGAGUAUUCACCAUACAGAUUUUAAUUCAGUACCUGGAGAAAUCAUUUCAGAAGAGGGUUCUAGAAGUUAUACAGAAAACAAACUAGAACAUUACAUACAUCAAGUGAACAGUGAAAGCAAUAACACAAACACUGAAACUGAUUUUAAGGGACGAACAAAUCGAUCACUUUCAUGCAGUGGCACAUUUCCUGUUAACAACAACAGUAAUAAGGAUAAAAACACGGAGAAUUACAUUGAUGAGAUAAGCUCCAAUAUUGUUAUUGCAAUUAAUAAUCAAUACAUAGAAAAUAUUGAAGAAUUGGAAAGUCAAAACAGACCUGCUUUUCGAAGUAGUAUUUAUGAUAAUGUUCCAGAGUUAGACGGUGACUUGCAAACAGCAAUGUUAGAUCGCAACUUACCACCUGAGUUAAAGUUUGCAAUUAAUGAUAGUUUUUACAUGACUGACCUGACACUACAAGACGUUACACAAAAAAUGCAAGUAAGACGACAAAGUUCAGAAGACGAUGAUGAUGAUGUGUGUUCAAUAUCUUCACAGGAGGAAGAGGAACUUGAUGAAGCAGAAAGUUUGCACUCCCUCCACCACUUAGAUAGUCCUUGUACUAUAGGCGCGUCAAAAAUUCCUGGUAUGGGCUCAGUAGAUUCUGGUGUACCAUCUUCACCUGUUAUGCGUUCACCAAGUGUAAGGAAGAGAAGAGUUCGAUGGCAUAGUUUUCAAGUUUCAUGCGAAAGAGAAUCAAUGAUUGUGAGCAACAAGAUUAUGUCCCUUUCGGCUGGUCAGUUAAAUGUAUUAAAAAAGCUAUCACUAUUACGAUUAACUGCUGUGCUAGAAAGAUAUUCGUGUCAAAACAGAAAUGGGUGGCACUGGACUGUACCAAAACUGCUGAAAAAAUUCAAGGCACCAGACUAUAGAGAUAAAAAUAUAUUUGGUGUUCCAUUAUUGGUAACUGCAGAAAGAACAGGCACUUCGUUACCACAAGCAAUUAUACUUGCUCUAAACUAUUUAAGCAGACUUGCUGUAGACAGUGUAGGGAUAUUUCGUAAGUCUGGCAUGAAGUCACGAAUAGAUAAAUUACGAACGCAAAUGGAAAACAGCCCAGAUAAAGUUGAUUUUGAUGGCUACUCCGUUUACGAUGUUGCAGAUACUGUGAAGCAAUUCUUUCGAGAACUACCAGAACCUUUACUUACAACAAAACUUGCAGAUACUUUUAUUUCAAUUCAUAGAGAUGUACCAAAAGAAUUACGUCUGCAAGCCAUGCAACUAGCUAUUGUUUUGAUGCCAGAUGAAAAUCGUGAUGUACUACAGACUGUGUUAUUAUUUUUAAACGAAGUAGCAUCACACGCCUAUGUGAACCAAAUGAGCGAGAAAAAUCUAGCCACGUGUUUUGUGCCAGCAUUUUUUCACCUCUGCGGAGGUAGUAACAGUAAAUACGAGAAGAAUCUGAGUGCGAGUAGCGCGCCAAAAAAGCUGAAACGUGCAGUAUCUCAGCAGUGUCAAAAAGAGUUGGACGAUACCAUGGCUGCUCAGGAAUGUCUUGCUGAAAUGAUGAAAUGUGUUCGAUUCUUAUUUUCUGUACCAGACGAUGUUAUGAUGAAGAGUCAAUUUUCAUACAUUGAGCAAGGUGAUCCAGUGGCGUUGGAAGACUUAGGCCAACAUUCAGAAGAUGCUGGUGUAACUGACAGUUAUUUGAGUUACAUCGACAAUUGCUUUGCUGGCCUGUUGCAGGAAGCCACUGUGAAUAGUCGUUCUUCGAAGAAAUGGGAAAUUCACUCGGAAACAAAUGAAGUCGUUGUAUCGUAUCGCAAGAUGAGCGAUGGUUAUCCAUUGCGUUUGUGGCGUGCUGUUACUGAAAUAUCCGCCUCACCUGAAGAAAUCUUAAAAAGGAUUGUAAAAGAAAGGCACCUUUGGGAUGACGAGAUUCUUCAGUGGGAAGUAGUUGAAAGACUGGAUACGAAUACUGACGUUUUUUACUACGAAACUCAAUCGAUAGCUCCAUCAGUAAGAAGAGACUUUGUAAUACUACGUUCAUGGAGGACGAAUCUGUCCGGAGGGUCAUGCGGAUUGGUGAUGACGUCUGUGAAACACAAGCAAGCUCCACCAUCCACGGGCGUCAGGGGAACACUACUGGCAUGUCGCUGUCUCAUUGAGCCAAUUGGGUUAGGAAGAUCGCGUAUGGUGUAUAUAGCGAGGAUUGAUUUAAGAGGUCGCAGUUCGAGAUACUACAAUAAAGCAAUUGCACCUCGUAUCAUGUCUUCCGGUAUAAGAAAAGUAAGAGACUCUUUCAAUUGUGGUCCAGAUGGUCCCGAAACAAAUGUAUAGUACAUUUUGACGACCAGAUCGCGUAUCUGGUCCUCCUUCGUGUUCAGAGAAAGCCUCGAUAAGUGACAUCGACAGACAGCCAUACCUCCUAAAAGAGUUUUAAAUCCUGGCAACAACUUGCUAGGCUCGAAGUUGCCUUACAAUGAAAAAAAGAACCAUUAAUCAAGUAGCCGUUUUGUUUGGUUUCUAUGACAACGUUCAUUGUACCAGAAAGGUAAAUAAAAUGGCGUGGUGUACUAUUGUAUCGAAACGCAAAGCAGCUUGGGAUGUAUGAUAAUAAUUAUUGGGAAAUUUGUUCCUCAUGACUUGAAUAUUUUGUACAUAUGUAAACUAGAUACGUAAAUUAUAUGGUUUAUUAACAACGAGUUUUGUAUUGGUUUUUUUAUAUAUAUUCAGCAGAUCAAAAUUGAAUCAGUUUUUUAUAUGAGAAUUCUUAUGUUCUUAAUUUAAUUUAGUUUACUUUAUUUACUAUUUUUAUUUAGAAUCUUGCUAAACGAGAAGGCAUGGUAACUAAGUUACCAUUUUGUAAUAGUUCAAUGUGACUGUGUGACUGAAAAUCUUCCUGUAUUUUUAUUUUUGUCCAUAUGUCAAUUUUCAUCAACGUUUUGACAAGGGACGAGAUCACAUUGCAUGUAAUUUGUGUUGGCACACUAACAUGUGAAUUUUUUAAAUUUCCGUUAUGUGGUGUACCUCUGCUAAGGAUUAAUAAUAAGAAUUGGUGUACCUCUGCUAAGGACCCAAAGAACGUGACGUUGUUUAGUGAGAUAAACAGGAAAUGAAACUCCCAUCUCUCUUCCUUGGCGUACGUGUUGUGUUCACGUGUUAUUUAUAUAGUUUGUUACAUAAUUUGUGCAGAUAUUAAACAAACGUAUUGUUGCUUCAAUCUAUAACUUUUAGAGCUCUUCUGUUGUUCACAAUUAUUUGAAUUCUUUAGGACGUUAUUAUCCUUUUAAAAUACGACUUUUAGUGCUGUUAUUUUUUUACGAAUUUAUUUUUAGGCUAUCUUCAACUUCUAGCUUUCUAUAUAUACCUCAUUGACUCUUUUUUUCUUCUUUUUCAAACGGUCAAAUAUGAACAUAUAAACAACAUAAUUUCUAUUUCUUUUGGAAGAAGAUUGAACAUUUUUUGGAGUCAAGCGUUACACCAAGUUCAUGGCAACAGGUAUAAUUUUCUGCCUGGUGCAAAAAUAUUUUCUGUUGUUGUGAACAUUGGGACCUUUUGUAUACUAAGUUCAUGCGAGAGCUACCACAAACGAAGUUUAUGGAAAUUAUAUUCUCUUCUUAAUAGCUAUGUGUUUUAAAGAGUUAUUUUUGAUAUAUUUGAGUUUUAAUGACGCCACUAUAUAGAAAACACUUGUGAGAUAAUACCCAACCUCGUCUUCAUGUAUUUUGUUUUCUUCUGCAAUAUGAACGUAAUAGGAGGACAAAGGCCAUGGGGAGGAGGUUGGUGGUAAUACGAUGACUUUUAUAGAAAGAUAAAUUCUCCAGUUAUUUAUAUAUUUUAAUACAUUCUUAUAUAAAAGUCCUGAGACGGAAGUUGUAAGUAAAAUUUUACAUCGUCAAAAUUAAAUGUUUUAAUAUUUUCAA